AGGCGCUGCCGCACUUCGACGCCGCCAACUCGGUUGUCGCGUUCACGUGCGCCGCGAAGUUGGACGACGGCCGCGACAUGUCGCUGCUGGAGGGGUCCCCGGCGUGGGCGGCGCUGCAGGAGCGUCUCGAGAGGUGCGCAGAGACUCUGGAGCCGAGGGGGAUGUCCAUGGUGGCCUACGCUGCAGCGAAGCUCAAGUGCGCGGGCGCUGGCCUCCUGCGCGGGCUCGCGCUCGUGGGCGCGCGGCGUGCCGCGGACUUCGGCGCCACCGACGUGGCCAAAGGCUGCUGGGCGUUCGCGAAGCUGCGCUUCGUGGAGGGUGGGGCGGCGCAGGAGUUCUGGAGGGCGAUGCUACCAGAGGCCUGCCGGACAGUCAGGCAAUCGCGAUUCGCCGACGUCUCAAUGAUGGCGUGGGCGUUCGCGACGACAGACCUGGGUAGCGAGAAGCUCUUCUCGGAGAUGUCAUAUGGCUCGACGCCUCUCCCACCGCCAGGUCUUCAGGGAGGAGAGAGUUCCAGGAACAGUUGA